ACGAUUUGAGGUGUGACCAAAUAGCUUUAAACGGAAAAUCGAUAAUAUUUGUUAAAACAUCGAUGAGUUAUAAAAAAAUCGAUGUUCGUUUACUUGCGAUUUAUCCACUCACCGGACACGUAAAGCAAUUUGUUUUACAAAUCUCACAAAAAAUGGAAUCUACCAUGCAACGCUAUAUUUCUCCCAUAAAUCCAGCUGUGUUUCCCCAUCUAGCUACUGUUUUACUUAUCAUUGGGACAUUCUUUACCGCUUGGUUCUUCAUUUUCGUUGUUUCACGACCUAAGAAUGUCAAGAACGAGAAGACCCUAUUCAAAGAACUAGCCAUCAGCUUAUGUGGAUCAGUGUUUUUGGGAUUCGGAAUAAUGUUUUUGAUGUUAGCUGUCGGUAUUUAUAUAUAAAUCCAGUUUCCGAAAAAUAUAACUGCUCUUAUUUUCGCCAAGAUUCCAUUGUGUACGUAUUUAAGAAUUCUAAUAAACAAUAAGAUAUGUGUAUUCA